CUUUCCCUUCCUUCCCCCUUCUUCUCUUUCCUCCUCCUUCCUCCCCCUCCUCCCCCUUCCUCCUCCCGCUUCCUCCCGGGGGUCCGAGGCGCUCCCGGCGCCACCCCGCCUCCGCCGGCUGCCUCCUUCCCCUCGGAGCUCUGGGCCAGCCCCCCGCCUGGGCGUGAGGGCAGAGACGUCUACCCCGGAUCCUUCUCCCUCCCCUGAAGAGGAUCAGGAGCUGGGCCAGGCAGGGAGGCCGAGGGAAUGGCCCCCGGACCCCCGAGGCCCCCAUGGCAGGAGUCACUGACAUUCAAGGAUGUGGCUGUGGACUUCACCCAGGAGGAGUGGGGCCUCUUGGACCAUUCCCAGAAAAAGCUCUACAGGGAGGUGAUGCUGGAAAACUCCCAGAGCCUGCUCUUCGUGGGAAUUCCAGUUCUCAGAGAAGAUUUGAUCUUCCAUUUUGAGGAAAGGGAAGCAUCAUGGAUCCUGGAUCAAAUAGGCCCAAGGAACUCCUGUCCAGAUGCAGACACCAGGUUUGAAGUAAAUGAGACUGCUGCAAGGCUGAGCGUUUCUGUAAAAGAAUCUCACUCGACAGGAUUCAUGAGUGGUGGUCCCUCUGACUGCAGUUUGAGAGAAAUCUGUGACUCGGAUAUCAAGAUAGAGAAAAAUCAAAAUAGUUACUGUAAACUUUAUAAAGAUGGAAAGGAUUUCAGACAAUAUUCAGUACUAAUUCAUUGUAAGAAAAUGGCCUCAAGAAAUGAGUGUUUUCAGUAUACUGAAGCUAGAGAAUGCUUUACUGAAAAGGUUGGGCUUUUACAGUCUUCUGAGAAGCCUUCUGAAAUGCAAAUAUGUAAACAGGAAAUAGCAUCUAGCUUGAGUUCAGACCUCAUUAGACAUCAGAAAAGUUGCACUGGAGAAAUAGUUUAUGUAGAGAAUGAAAGGGGGAAGGCCUUCAGCCGGAACUCAAAGCUCAUUCACCCUCAUAAAAUUCACACUACAAGGAAAACUUAUGAAUGUAAUCUAUGUGGACAGGCUUUCACAAAUAGGUCUGGUCUUGCUGUACAUGUGAGAAUCCACAGUGGAGAGAAACCAUAUAAAUGUAGUCAAUGUGGAAAGGCUUUCACACAGAACAACAAUCUUUUGAAACAUCAGAGAAUCCACAAUGGAGAGAAGCCUUAUGAGUGUAAUCAAUGUGGAAAGGCUUUCACACAGAACUACAGUCUUGCUCGACAUCAGAGAAUCCACACCGGAGAGAAACCAUAUGAAUGUAAUCAGUGUGGAAAAACUUUCAGAACAAGAUCCAGUCUUCAUGUGCAUCAACGAAUUCACACUGGAGAAAAACCAUAUGAAUGUAGUCAGUGUGGAAAGACUUUCAGAACAAGGUCCAGCCUUGAUCUUCAUCAGAGAAUCCACACUGGAGAGAAACUUUAUGAUUGUAAUCAAUGUGGAAAGACUUUCAAAAGAAGAUCGAGUCUUCUUGAGCAUCAGAGAAUUCACACUGGAAAGAAACCUUAUGGUUGUAAACACUGUGGAAAGACUUUCCGAACAAAAUCAAUUCUUGUUGAACACCAGAGAAUUCACACUGGAGAGAAACCUUAUGAAUGUAAACAAUGUCAAAAGGCUUUCAUAUCCAGCUCUUGUCUUGCUAAACAUCAGAAAAUCCAUGCUGCUGAGAAACCUUAUGAACGGAGUCAGUGUGGAAAGGCUUUGAAAUGCUGUUUUGAACUUGCUAAAAAUCAGAAAAUCCUCCAUGGAGAGAAAUCUCAAAAGUGUCAUGAAUGUGGUAAAGUUUUUCAUGAACAUGCUUCCCUUAUUGCACAUCAGAGAAUCCACACUGGAGAGAGAACUUAUAAAUGUAAUCAGUGUGGAAAGGCUUUCACACAGACCUCCAAACUGGCUGUGCAUCUUAGAAUCCACACUGGAGAGAAACCUUAUGAAUGUACUCAGUGUGGAAAGGCUUUCCCAUAUAGGGCCAAUCUUGCUAACCACUUGAGAAUCCACACUGGAGAGAAACCUUAUGAAUGUAAUCAAUGUGGAAAGGCUUUCACAGAGAACUCCAAACUUGUUGCACAUCAGAGAAUCCACACUGGAGAGAAACCUUAUGAAUGUAAUCAAUGUGGAAAGGCUUUCCGAAUAAGAUCCAUUCUUGUUGAGCAUCAAAGAAUUCACUCUGGAGAGAAACCUUAUGAAUGUAAUCAAUGUGGAAAGGUUUUCAGAUCCAGCUCCUGUCUUGGUAAACAUCAAAAAAUACACACUUGAGAGAAACCUUGUGAAUAUGAUCAGUGUGGUAAAGCCUUCAAUUAACAGUCAUCCCUUAUUUCCCAUCAGAGAAUUGCUAUUAAAUAUUAAUUUUAUCACUGUAGUGAAUGAGGAAAGACAUUCAAGUGAGUACAGAGCUUGUUAAACAUCAGAAAAUUUAUUCUGGGUAAAUGCCUUAUGUGGACACAAUGGGGGAAGACCUUCAACCAGAGAUCAUCUCUUACUUUACAUCAGAGGAUUCAUAGUGGGGAGAAGCCUUACAGAUUUGCUCAAUGGAGUCAUGAUUUUCUCUGGAACAAGGAGAUCACUAGACAUGAGGAUAUUCAUGCCAGAAAGAAGACUUAUAAGAGCAUUGCCUUUUGUCAAUGUCAAGGCCUUUACAUAGAGCUCAAAAUUGAAUAUACACUGGAGAAGUCAUGCUGGAGAUAAAACUUAUGGAUCUAAGUAAUGAGGAUUUCCAGUUCUCAGAGAAGAUUUCAUUUCCAGUUUUGAGGAAUCCUGGAUGCUGGAGCCGAAAGGCCUAAGGAACUUCUGUCUAGGACUCCUUAUUUUUCAACCAAAUGUGAUCUCCCAUCUGGAGAAAGGUGAAGCACCAUGGACGCCAGAGACAGAAUUCCCAAAUGGCACCUGCCCAGAUUCUCUCAAUCAGCAGAACAGAUGUGAAGUAAGGAGUUAGUACCAAAGCAAGUUGUUUCUAUGAGAGUGUCAUCUAAGGAAAGGCUUGCAAAGAAUAGUUCCUGGGAUUGUAAAUCAAGAGAAGAUUGGGAAUGUGAUUUCAAGUUACAGCGGCAGAGCAACCAGGAGAGGAUAUCCAGGAAAAUGACCAUUGCCUAUAGAUGUAAUAUAUUUGGGAGAAAUUUUAAUCUAAGUUUCAACUUUGCUGCCCAACAGAGGACUGUGUCAGGAAAAAGUCUUUAUAACUAUGGGGAACAUGCAAAGAACUCUAAGCAGUAUUCAAGCAUUCUUAAAUAUCACAACAUCUCAUAUAAGAAACUUUGCAAAUACAGCAAAUGUUGGAAGUCCUUCAUUUACCACACAGACCUUAUUCACUAUCAUAGAAAACUUAUUGGAGAAAAAUCAUGUGAUUAUAAUGAGUGUGGGGAAGCUGUCAGUACGAGGUCAUCCCUCAGAAGAUACCAGAGUUCAUACUGUAGAGAACCCCUUUGUCUACAAUGAGUGUGGGAAAACCUUCAUACAGAUGACAAAACUUGGCACACAUAAGCAAAUUCAUACUGGAGAAAAACCUUUUGAAUGUAACGAUUGUGGGAAAGCCUUCAGCUAACCAGCAAGUCUUACUGAACAUAAGCAAAUUCAUCCUGGAGAGAAACCAUUUGAAUGUAAAGAAUGUGGGAAAACCUUUAGACAAAGUUCAUCAUCUAGGAGGCAUCAGAUAAUUCACACAGGAGAGAAACCCUUUGUGUGUAGUGAAUGUGGGAAAGCCUUCAAAGAGAGUGGAAAACUUAUUGCACACAAGAGAAUUCAUACAGGGGAGAGACCCUUUGAAUGUAUUGAAUGUGGGAAAGCCUUCAGCUAUAGUUCAUCCCUUAAUGCUCAUGGAAAACUUCAUACUGGAGAAAGAAAAUAUGAAUGUAAUCAAUGUGGGAAAUUUUUUAUUAAAAGUUCAUCACUUAGGAAGCAUCAGAAAAUUCAUAGUGGAGAAAAACCCUUUACAUGCAGUGAGUGUGGGAAGUCCUUUAUAGAAAAAGGAAGACUUAUAGAACAUAAAAGAAUUCAUGCAGGAGGUAAACUUUUAAAAUGUAAUAAAUGUGGAAUAACCUUCAGCAAUAGCUCAUCCCUUAGGGAUCAUUCAAGACUUCAUACUCAAGAUAAAAGAUGUGAAUGUAAUGAAUGUGGGAAAUUCUUCAGCAGAAGCUUGUCACUGAAAAAGCAUCAGAGAAUUCAUACUGGAGAGAAACCCUUUGCAUGCAAUGUGUGGGAAAGCCUUUAUAGAAAGGGGAAGACUUGCUGAACAUGAGACAAUUCAUACUGGAGAGAGAUCCUUUCAGUGUAGUGAAUGUGGAAAAACCUUCAGUUAUAUAGCUAGUCUUACUGAACAUAAGAGAAUUCAUACUGGAAAGAAACCAUUUGAAUGUAAUGAAUGUGGGAAAGCCUUCAUCACAAACUCAUCAUUUAGGAGGCAUCAGGUAAUUCAUGCUAGAGAGAAACCCUUUGUUUGCAAUCAAUGUGGGAAAGCCUUCAUAGGGAGAGGAAGACUUACUGAACAUAAUCAAAUUCAUACAGGAGAAAAACCCUUUGAAUGUAAUCAGUGUGGGAAGCCCUUCAACAACAAUUCAUCCCUUAGGAUUCAUUGCAGACUUCAUACCAGAAAAAACUGUAUGAAUGUAAUGAAUGUGGAAAAUCCUUCAGCAAAAGCUCAUCACUUAGAAAGCAUCAGAAAAUUCAUACAGGAGAGAAACCCUUUGUGUGCAAUGAGUGUGGGAAAGCCUUCAUUGAGAAAGGAAGACUUACUGAACAUAAGAGAAUUCAUACUGGAGAGACACCCUUUGUUUGUAAUGAGUGUGGAAAAGCAUUCAGAGACAAGGGUAACCUCUCUACACAUAAAAGAAUUCAUACAGGAGAGAAACCCUUUGACUGUAAUGAAUGUGGAAAAAGCAUUCAGCAACAGCUCAUCCCUUAGACAUCAUAGGUAAUGUCAUACUAAAUAAUAGCAGACAUUUAUAAUGUCUAUAUAAAUAUGUAAUUGCUUUAUCAUUUGAAAAGCAAAUUACAUAUAUUUCUCAUCAUGUAGAAAUAACACCAAUGAAUGUGAUGAAGGUAGAAAAAUCUUGUCUUAUGAACCAUUAGAGAAUUUGUUAGAAUCUACAAAAAGGUAAUAAAGUGUAAAGGUCUUUAGCAGAAACUAUUCACAUAGCAACUGUGAGAUAAUUCAUAUAUAUGAGAGAAACAUUUUGUAUGCAAUGAGCAUAAGAAAACAAUUAUAAAAGAAGUAAACAUUAAUGCCCUGAGAAAAUUAAUUCUAGACUGAAUUCUUUUGAAUGUAAUUAAUAUGGAAUAGGCUUCAGUCAACAUUUCAACCCUUGGGACUUUUUAUAGAAAAUCUCAUAAUAAUAUUCAGAAGAGUUUUUUUUAAAACAUGUGUAAAAGCAUGACUCAUGUCUUUUGAAACACCAGAGAAUUUGUGUUGUAGGAAAACCAUGUGGGGAUGCUUUCACAAACACUGGAUUCCUUAGGAGACAUCAGAUAACUUACAAAAUCAGACUUGGAAGGGCCUUCAAGAGUCAUCUAGUCCAGUGGUGCCAAAUUCAAAUAGAAAUGGGGCUCCUAAACAAUACGUAAGGAUUUCUUCAGGCUGCAUAUUGACUUAAUUUUAAAAUGUAGUAUUAUAUAUGCUUUAUUGUAUUUUUAUUCAUUUUGUUAAUUAUUUUCCCUAUUCCAUUUUAAUCUGGGUUUGGCCAUACUCAAGAGUGUUGUGGACUGCAGAUAGCCUGCAGGCCAUGUUUUACACUUCUGAUUUAGUUCAGUCUGUACCUAAACAAGAAUCUGCAAAGUGGUUGCCUUUUCUUGAAGACCUCUGGUGAGGGGAAGCCCAUUCCUUCUUGAAGCAGCAUGUUUCACUUUUGGAGAACUGUAAUUAUGACAUUUUUCCUUACACUUUGAAGCUUGCAUCUACCUGUUGUUCCUAAUUCUUUCUGAGGCCAAAGAAAGAUUAAUUUCUCUUCCACAUGCCAGCCUUUCAAGUACUUAAAAAUAGCUCUGUUUUCUUUUCUCAGUCUUCUCCAGCUAACUCAAAGGGGAAAGCCUUCAGCUAUAAUGGAUACCUUCCUAAACAUAAAAUAAUUUAUACAUGAUGGAAGUCCCUUAAAUGUAACGAAAGUAGGAAAUUCUUUAUUAAUAGGGGUCAUUUUUUGUAAAUGUAAGAGAUUCAUACUGAAGACAAAUUAUUUGAAUGUAUUGAAUGUUGGAAAUCUUUCAGAAACAACUUAUGCCUUAUUCUAUAUCAGAAAAUGUAUACUGAAGAGAAACACUAUAAAUGUUAAAAAAAAAAAAACCUUUCAGAGGUAAUUUAUUUAUCACUUGUCAGACAUGAAACUCAUGGAAAGAAUGUUGGAUUUGGAAUCAGAGAACCUUAAUACCUGUGUAACCUUGGGCAAGUCUCUUAACACCUCUGGACAUCAAUUUCCUUACCUGUAAAAUCAGGAUUUGGGAUAUGAUAAUCUUCAAGGUUUCAUGUAGCUUUAAAUACAUCUGUGAUCCUAUGCAAGAGAUUAACUGUCAAGAUGUAAUAAUAUGGAGAACAAAAAUUUUGACUUGUCAUUUGUUAAAUACUGGACCACCAAGAUGUCAAUUUAUCUGACAUAUUGUCUGUUGGUUUGCAAAAUAAAAAUGACCUUGAUUCCAGCUCCAACAUUUUAUAAUCCUAUUGAUUUUUAUAAAA